AUGUCAGCUUCGCAACACUCUCUUCAAAAGACUCCUUCGAUGGGUAAGAGACAUAGGCAUAGGAGGUCGGCGGCAAUAUCCGGUGAUUUUGAUAUUAUGGGCUUAGGUUUAUUUUCACCGCCGUCUACAUCUGGUUCUUCCUCAGUACCAUGCUCAACCAGAGAUGUUGAACAUUCAGAAUUGGAUAAGCAUUUUCAGUUCAACAACAAAGAAGAUUUUACUAAUCGUCCGGUAGAUGACGAGUUUCUAUUUCCCACAAAGACUCCAGAACUACCGACUGACUUUUCGCCACGCAACUACACCUCACCUCCACGAUGCGCAAAUUCUUCUUACGGUUUGAACUCUCCAAUAAAAUUGAAUCAUAAAAGAUCUUCUUCAGCUCAUAAUACACCUAGCACAAGAUUUUUUUUAACCGAAGAAACAACCAUGAAUAACGACAACGUGCCAGAUGCAGUAAUAGAUCUUGAUGAAAUAUUAGAGAGUAAUUUACAUAUUGGUAACCAUUUCAGCAGCCAUCAGACAGGACAAAGGGACAAAUCACACAAGCGAACGGAGCUGGCACCUGAUUUCACACUAGAUGAUGAUUUUCUUGCGUCACCUUUCUCGAGAUUAAGCUCUGGUCCUUUUUCUUCUUCCCCCCUUUCAGUCCCCCCUAAUAACUUACUCCACCAGACAAUCCAAGAGCAAGUUUCCUGUUCGACAGAAGAGGAUGAAGAAGAAGAAUCCGAUCUUGAAUUUCUAGGAUCUGAUCAGGAAGCAGAGCUGUUCACUAAUCCUCAAGUUGCUUUAAAAGGACUAUAUUCAAACUCAUCAGCUAAUUCGUCAAGCACUUAUUUGAAUAACAACAGAUAUCAGAAUAACAAUAAUAUGAUUGAAAAGUGUCUUUCGAAUUCAUCCAGGGAGUCUGGUCCUAGUGCAACCUAUAAUGGCACUCCCUAUUCAAGUAGCAAGCGAUCUGGAGCUAAGGCUAACAGAUAUCAGUCUUUUUAUGACCAAUCUUACAAGAUAUCCAAUGCUUUGAAAAUAUCUAGCUCUGAGAGUAUAAAUAUUGUAAGAUCAGGUUCUAUCAAUUCUAGCAUCAAAGAUACGAAGUCUUUAGGACAUUCCUCGAGUUUGCCUAGCUUGAAAUCUCAUCUGAAGCGAAAUCAAAUCCUCAACCCUUCCAAACUCGGAGAAGUGAUUCUUCCUUAUGCCGGUAUGAAUACCGAAACAAGAACUCUGGAGGAAGAGAAAUCAUCGGAAUCUGCAAAUACUACAUCCAAUAGCUGCAGUUCCAGUUUAAAGAACCUGGAGAUAACAAUAAUAGAUUCUGGUUUACCAAAAUCGAAUUCUCCAAUUUUGAAGUCUACCCAUCAUGGAGAUAAUAUAAUAAAACCCGGUAUGCAAAUGCAAAGUAUCGCCAGCGAACUUGAAUCAUCAAACAAGAAACCAAUGCAGACUGAAUCAUUUGAAUUUAACUAUACGGAUAAAGAUGGAAACCUGCCUACAAGCAUACAAUCCAAGAAUCAUCAGGUAUCUGUCACGAGUAAUCGCAAGAGUACUACCACGAGUCCAGUAAGUGUCAUAUCUUCGACUGUUAUAUCGACAAGUGGUACUUAUCAGUUGACAGAUUAUUCUACUCUGACGGUCCAAGACGAUCUGAACUUACCGAAGACUACCUUAGCAGUGACGGGAGAUCUGUAUCCCGAAAAUUCAGAGGCUCCCGCUCCCUGUAUCAUUAUAAGUAGAUCAGAUGACGAAGCGUGUUCAAUGACAAAUUCGACCUUUAAGCAAGACGAUGAAAUGGGCAAUGGGACAAAACUGCCUGUAUUGUCGAAAGAUAAUGUACAGGGCGGCAUAUCUGAUUAUACAUUGCAAAGGUCUGAAGAUGAUUCCACGCAGCUUUCGACCGGUAAUUUCAGCUUUCAGGAGGAAUCUUUGUUGGUUAAAUCUUUACGACAGAUUAGCCCCGAUUCUACUGAGCCAACAAAUAUAACUCAUCAAAUAGCGAACAAAAGUGAAGGUCAUAAGAAGUCGAAAUCAUUUUCCACAAUACUACAGGACUUUACUCCUACAUUCUCGAAAGGCUCGGCUCUGGGCAGCUCUGACAGUCUCGAAGUUCGAACGAAGAAGCGUCCUUCAAGGUAUAUUAGCUGGCUUAAAAGAAGGUAG